CCGGUCUCCCGUCCCGAACACAUCCACGAGUAUAAACUGACGGCAUAUUCACUGUACGCCGCCGUCUCUGUCGGCCUUCAGACCAAAGACAUCAUUGAAUACUUGAGACGUUUGAGUAAAACGACAAUUCCUGACGGGAUCGUCGAGUUUAUUAAUCUCUGUACCAUAAGCUAUGGUAAAGUGAAACUGGUUUUGAAACACAACCGAUAUUUCGUUGAAUCGCCUUUUGUUGAAGUGAUACAAAAGUUACUAAAAGACCCCGAAAUACAGAACUGUCGGCUCAGAAGGGAUGCCGACAAUGAAGUGGAAGGCGAUGGCCUUAUAGUCACCACUUCUAAGGCAAGUAAACCAAGUGAUGGCAAAACUGAUGGCACAGAAGACGCGGCUAAAGAGGAAGACGUGACUAAAGUUCCCGAAGAUAUCGCCAAUUAUUACGAGAAGAUGGAGAGAGACGACGACGACACGGAUGACGUAAAAACGGUGUCCUUCGAAGUGAAUCAAUCGGAGAUCGAGAACCUACAGAAGCGUUGCAUUCAAUUGGAGUACCCAUUGUUAGCUGAAUAUGACUUCAAAAAUGAUACUUUAAAUCCCGAUAUCAAUAUGGACUUAAGGCCGACGGCUCUUCUGAGACCCUAUCAGGAGAAGAGUUUACGUAAAAUGUUUGGCAACGGGAGGGCCCGGUCGGGCGUAAUAGUGUUGCCGUGCGGGGCCGGUAAGUCGCUGGUAGGCGUGACCGCCUGUUGUACCGUUAAGAAGCGAUGUCUUGUACUCUGCAAUUCAGCCGUUUCUGUGGAGCAGUGGAAGACUCAGUUCAAGUUGUGGUCGACAGCCGACGACAGUAUGAUCUGUCGGUUCACUUCGGACGCAAAGGAUAAGCCGAUCGGAAGUGGCAUUUGUGUGACCACUUACUCGAUGAUAACGCACACCCAGAAGAGGUCGUGGGAGGCCGAGCAGGUGAUGAAGUGGCUGACCGAACAGGAGUGGGGUCUCAUGCUGUUGGAUGAGGUGCACACCAUCCCGGCUAAGAUGUUCCGUCGGGUGCUGACCAUAGUUCAGGCGCACUGUAAGCUCGGACUCACGGCUACGUUGGUUCGCGAGGACGACAAGAUAGCAGAUCUAAACUUCUUGAUCGGUCCGAAGCUAUACGAAGCCAAUUGGCUCGAACUCCAGGCCAACGGCUACAUCGCAAGGGUCCAGUGCGCUGAGGUCUGGUGUCCAAUGGCUCCCGAGUUUUACCGCGAAUACCUGUCCACUAGAACCUGCAAAAAGAUGUUGUUAUAUGUGAUGAAUCCAAAUAAGUUCAGAGUCUGUCAGUUCCUAAUCCGAUACCACGAACGCAGAAACGAUAAGAUAAUUGUAUUUUCAGACAAUAUCUUUGCGCUCAUUAAUUACGCCAAAAAGAUGGGCCGUCCCUAUAUCUACGGACCAACAUCUCAAGGGGAACGGCUCCAAAUUCUGCAGAACUUUCAAUAUAACCCCAAAUUGAAUACAAUAUUUGUGUCCAAAAUAGCCGAUACAUCGUUUGACUUACCGGAAGCCAAUGUACUGAUCCAAGUGUCGAGUCACGGAGGCUCCCGGCGUCAGGAGGCGCAGCGAUUGGGCCGUAUAUUGCGUCCUAAGAAGGGAAUGAUGAGCGAGGAGUACAACGCCUUCUUCUAUUCACUGGUAUCUCAGGACACCCUUGAGAUGCAGUACUCGAGGAAGAGGCAGAGGUUUUUAGUGAAUCAGGGAUACAGUUAUAAAGUGAUCACAACUCUCAAAGGUAUGGACGAGGAGGAGCUGUUCUUCAAGUCCCGAGAGGAUCAGCAACAGCUCCUCCAACAGGUAUUACAGGCCAAUGACACCGACGCUGAAGAGGAAAGGAUUCCGGGCGUCGAUGGGGCCGUCAGGUCGGGUGCGCCAGGAUUUGUGAGAAAGGCUGGAAAUAUGAGUUCCAUAUCGGGUGCCGAUGAUAAUGUGUAUAUGGAGUAUAGGUCAAAGGGUCCUAAGACUGAUCACAAACACCCACUGUUUAAGAGGUUUAGACAGUCUGUCCACAAACGGAAUCGACAUAAAUGGCAAAAUGCCCUCAAAUCCGAUGAGAAGAUACGAAUCAACUACUCGUGCGAUGACAGCAACUCGAGUGUCAGUAAUAUUAGCGGCAAUUUUGAUCGCAAUUUGCUGUCCAACUGGAGUUUUCCACCAAAAAUGCAUCAGUUUUACGCCAGAAAAGGCAUCAAUAGGUUGUUUGAUUGGCAGGUCGAGUGUCUCAACAUAGAUGGUGUACUCGAUGGCAGAAAUCUGGUCUAUUCGGCGCCCACCAGUGCCGGAAAGUCCAUGGUUUCCGAUAUAUUGCUGUACAAGAAGUUACUGGAGUAUAAGAAGAAGGCUAUAAUUAUCUUACCAUUCGUUUCGGUCACUCAAGAGAAGAUGUUAUCAUUGAAACGAGUGCUCCGGUCGGUAGGGGUUAGAGUCGACGCAUUCGCCGGUGGGGUUCACCCCCGCGGGGGUCUCGACAGAGUCGAUGUAGCCGUCUGUACCAUCGAAAAGGCCAAUAAUAUGAUUAAUAAACUUAUAGAAGACAAUCGACUCAAUGAAAUCGGUUUAAUAGUUGUGGACGAACUCCAUAUGAUUGGGAACAACAGUCGAGGCUUUCUAUUGGAGUUAUUGCUAACGAAAGUGUUGUAUUUGAAGCACCGAUUGAAACACGAGAUCCAAAUCGUGGGAAUGAGUGCUACGAUUCCCAAUCUGGAUGUGAUCGCCAAAUGGUUAGACGCGGCCCUCUAUGUCACAGAUUUCAGACCCGUUGCGCUCUACGAAAGGGUUAACAUCGGAGACGUUAUAUACGAUACAAAACAGAUGACUGAAUACAGACGCCUCGAUCUCAAAGAUUACGACAUCAAGAAGAGUGAGAGUGGAAGCGAUGACACGAAUCUCAUAUUCCUGGCCAUAGAAACCCUCGUCAAUGGGUUGGGAUCUGUGGUGUUCUGUGCGACGAAAGCUCAGUGCGAGCGGUUGUGUCGCUCUCUGGCCUCUAAUAUCUGGGAGUUGGGGUCCGGGAAGAAGGUGUCCAAUGAGUGCACACAAGCCUUCAGAGCUAAACUCAAAUCUGCGCUCGACUUCAAUCGUAUCGAAGAAGUUCUGCAACAACUGCAGAGGUGUACGGCCGGUGCUGACCCCACAAUCGUGGCUAACCUGCGCUUCGGUGUGGCCUACCAUCACGCGGGCCUAUCCAUAGACGAGCGCGCGAUCAUUGAACAGGCCUUUCGUAACGGAGUUGUGAAGGUAUUGUGCGCCACAUCCACACUAUCAGCCGGCGUUAACCUACCGGCGCGUCUGGUUAUCAUAAAAUCGCCGCUUGAUUUCCGCGGAGAUGUCAUGGAUGUCAUGACUUAUAGACAGAUGAUUGGAAGGGCUGGCCGUCAGGGCGUCGACACAAUGGGUGAGAGUAUUCUGAUGUGCACUGAAAACAAUAGAUUGAAAGGCGAAGAGCUGUUGAAAGCAGAUAUGAGUCCAAUCACUAGUUGUUUAAUGGCUGUCGCUGUCGAUGGACAGCCUUUGCCCGACCAGUCGUUUAGUGGUAUUAGAAGAGCAGUUCUCGAGAUUAUAGCCAAUGGAAUGGCCAAUAGUUACGAAGACGUCGCCGAAUACAUUCAGAAGUCAUUUUUGGCGUCAGUUAUGUCCACUGCCAUCACAAAGACUAUUAUCGACGAUAUCAUCGCAUAUCUGGUGUCAGAGAAACUGAUACACAGUAUGACAGACACCGGUGACAACCCCGAAAAGAAGAUAAAGCCCACUCAGUUCGGCAAAGCAGUGCUCGCGUCCGGCAUAUCCCCCAAAGACGGCGCCUUCAUAUUGAGUGAACUGAAUAAAGCGAAAGUCAAUCUCUGUCUGUCCAACGAUCUGCACCUCCUAUACGAAGUGACGCCCAUUACACUCAGCGAUCAGUUGGAGUCCAUCGAUUGGCAACACUUUCUCAACAUUUGGGACAAAUUGGACGACGAUAUGAAACGUGUGGGCAAACUGGUGGGCAUUUCCGAGAACACCCUCUUCUCGCUGUUCCGCAAGAGUCGAGUCUUUGGCGAAGACGAGCGAUUGAUUCAUAAGAGAUUUUACGCGGCGCUCGCACUCCACGAUCUGGUCCACGAGAUACCCCUCCAGGAGGUGUCGGCUAAGUUUAAGUGCACGAAAGGCGUACUCCAAUCACUACAACAGAGCGCCAGCAGUUAUGCCGGGAUGUUGACCACCUUCUGCAACCGACUCGGUUGGCAUAACCUCGAGAUUCUCAUCGAACAGUUCCAAAGUAGGCUAUUCUUCGGUGUCCAGCGAGAGCUCAUAGAUCUGAUGCGGAUUACAAGUCUGAACGCAAGUGUGGCUCGACUUCUGUAUAAUAGCCGAUACGAUACAGUCGUGUCUUUAGCUAAUGUGGAGAACUACGCGGACAUUGAACUCAUUCUUAUGAAUUCCGGACCUUUUGAUAAGAGUAGGUCUGCGGAGUCAUCUGUCGUAUGGCUGCCAGCGCUCAGUAAAGCCAUGAAUGUGAGAGAAAUGGCGAAAUCCAUUGUCUUCGAGGCCAGAGAACUAAUUAAUAAAGAUCUCGGGAUCAGAGUCUAUGAGUUGAGUCAGACGUCUAGUGUGGACUCGAAUGACGCGCCAAACAGUGACUUCUUGGAGGACUUUAGCGACGAUUCAAAUGAUGUGCCGAACACUAAGUUCACGAAAAUCUUGACCCCAACCAAGAAAUUGGAUGCCAUUAAAGAGAAUACUAAUCGUGAAGACUGUGUUUCAGUGGAAGACAUGUCGUUUGUAGAACAGGAUGUGUUGGCCGAUAAUUGUGAUCAUAUCAGUUCCAACCGGACAUCUCAUGUGAAUAUAUCGAAGACAUCGGUGGAACAGAUGGUGAUGUCGCCCAUGGACUGCACUAAUACAACAGAUCUCAGCCACUCUGAAUUGGAUGCCAAUAAGUCAUUGUCUGUGAAAAGUGUGAUGUCUUCGACACCAAUAGCCGCACAUAGCAGUCGGUCAUCGAGAUUGAGAUCUUUAGGUGACAGACAAAUAGAAAAAACAUUUUCGGCUGAAUUUGAUAAAUCAAAAACCAAAGAGAAGUCUAGUUUCGAUUUGGGCGACAGUUUAGACAACAUCUCAUGGGAUCAACUGAACUGCGAUCUCAAUAAAAUCAAUGAAAGUCAUAACGAGUGCGAAAUGAAUAGCAUUACUGAGAAGUCUCUGAAAAAUGUGUCCACUAUUAGUACUGAUUUGUUAACCAAUCGCUGUCUAAGUCCUGAUACUUCUGGUGAUACACUGAACAGUCGGGUGUCGGACCACUCGUCUAAACGGUCAUCGAGUCCGAGUCCGUCCGGAAAACUGGCGCAACGGCUCAAUAAAAGACCUCAUUCUUCGUCAUGUCUUACAUCUGAUGAUAGUUUUCCCACAUUUUCUGACGACUCAUUGGAUAACAAAUCCGAUGAUUCGUCCACCAGUUCUGUGGUCACUAAGACUUUAUUCAAAGAACUGAAAAUUGGCGACAAAUUGAAUGUAUUAACUGUCGACUCGACAAACAUCUCAGUAAUCGAUGGGUUAUUAAACAAAUUGAUUCUUCAGAAAGAGUUUUGUCUUAACUUUAAAGUUGAAGAUAAGACCACAAAUUCGGUUCAAUUGAUUGGUUCUAAGAUUAAGUCACUGAAGAAAAAUAGGUGUCAAACGAAUGGCAUUGAUAUGAACUAUAAUAACCUGAUUGUCACGGCUUUGAUGAUUGCUUUCGAGAGUGAGAACACUAUUUAUUAUGUAUCGACCGAAAGGCCACUCAUGAAAAUGAAAGACGAGAUAGCUCACUGGGUGUUAGACCCGGAGUCCAGUCGACCCAAUAGUGUACAGCAAUUAGUGCGGAUUUAUUGCCGGAAUUAUAGCUAUUUAUUGAAAUCAAAGACAAAUGUAAUGGAAAUCGAUUCCAUAUCGACUGGUCUUAUGUUUCCAUUGAUUAAUCAACUGAUGAAUGAGUUGGAGAUUAAGAAACAAUUGAAAGCAUAUAAACGGACAGAAAUACCGUCGCGUUUGACAAUCGCCGACAUGGAGUUGAAUGGUAUGCCCAUUGACUUUGAAUACAUGAACAGACAAUUGGAUUCAUUGAACGAAACGAAGCGCCAGUUGGAGGCCAAAGCCUUCGAGAUAUCGCACAUUAAGUUCAAAAUGACUGACCCUAAAGAAAUCGCCAGAGUUUUAUACCAAGACAUGAAUCUGUUGUCUAACUAUUAUGAGGUCAAGAAAUCAGUCAAAGGAUCCAAAGGGGGCGCAAACAUAAGGACUAAUCGAAAAUUACCCAAACAUUUGAGUACAUCGAAGAUCGCCCUCAAGAAGUUAAUGUCAUUGUCUACGAACCCAUUACCACAGGUUAUACUAGACUGGCGUCGAGUCGAUUACGCCAUUAAGAAGUCGAUUAAUCCAGUGUUGAGUUAUAUCUGCUUCGACAGUGACUCCAAAUUGCAUGUAAUCAAUGGGUUGUGUGACGACUGGUCAUCCACUGGACGCAUAUCAAUGCAUGAGCCCAACCUAAUCGGUAUUAAUAAGGAUUUCACUGUAAAUGGAAUAGAUUUAGAAGACAACGGUUCCCAACAAACCGUCAGUUUUAGUCUUCGCAAGUGUUUUAUCGCCCGAAAGGGUUGGCUUCUGGUUUCGGCCGACUAUUCACAGUUAGAGCUCAGGAUUUUGGCGCAUCUCUCCAAAGAUAAACGACUCACUAAUGUCCUCAACAGUGGCGACGAUGUCUUCAAGAAUAUCGCUUCCGUCUGGAGAUCCAAACCCGUGGAUAAAGUCACUGAUGAAGAGAGACAACAAUCCAAACAAAUCUGCUAUGGAAUGAUAUACGGAAAGGGAGAGAAGUCGUUGUCUGAGGACCUGGAGGUUAGCGAAGAGGAGGCCAAAGAGUUUAUGGAAUCAUUUAUCGGUCGAUACGAUGGCGUCAAACGAUUUAUCGCCGAAACCAUCGACCGCUGCCGUGAAAGAGGUUUUGUGGAGACUUUGAGCGGACGGCGCCGUUAUUUACCGCAUAUUGAAAGCUCGAACUCCAGAGACAGAGCUAAGGCUGAGCGACAGGCCGUCAACUCGACAAUACAGGGCUCGGCCGCAGAUCUCGUUAAGACAGCGAUGACUGCACUCCAGACACGACUCUUAGCUGAGGAGUCCAUUGAGUGGCGAUUUGUGCUUCAAAUGCACGACGAGUUGAUGUACGAAGUGAUGGAACCGUUUGUCCAGACAUUCAUUUCCCUAUUGACUGAAUGUAUGGAGAAUUGUUUGAAAAACUUUUCGGUGGAACUGGCGGUCAACGUGAAAACUGGUCCCAAUUGGGCUCAACUCCAACCCAUUGAUUGA